UCAGGGUGGCUUUGAGGAUUACAGAAAAGUGACUGGCACACAAUAGGUCAUCGUAAAUGGGUGCCAUUAAGUGACCCAGCCCUUCGCUAUGGGACAGAACGGCCAACGGGUGGAUCCUAAAACGCGACCUCCCGAUCUCUGAGGGUAGGGAAGGGCUCCCGGCGGCCUCCUCCCUCCAGGAGGUGGGGACAAGGUGGAGGAAGGGCUGCUGGAGGAGGAGCUGGCGCGUUGCGACCCGCCCCGUCCCGUCCACUCCGGCCUGGGCUCCGAGGGAAUCGCUGUCCUAGGCGCCGUCACCGGAGGAGCCUGUCCUGGUGCCCCGUGCCUUGCCCCGCGUCCAGUCAUGACCCUGCGCCCCUCACUUCUCCCGCUCCGUCUGCUGCUGCUGCUGCUCAGUGGGGUGAUGUGCCGGGCUGAGGCUGGGUUUGAAACCGAAAGUCCCGUCCGGACCCUCCAAGUGGAGACCCUGGUGGAGCCCCCCGAGCCGUGCGCGGAGCCCGCUGCUUUUGGAGACACGCUGCACAUACACUACACGGGCAGCUUGGUAGAUGGACGCAUUAUUGACACUUCCCUGACCAGAGAUCCUCUGGUUAUAGAACUUGGCCAAAAGCAGGUGAUCCCAGGUCUGGAGCAGAGCCUUCUAGACAUGUGUGUGGGAGAGAAGAGAAGGGCAAUCAUUCCCUCUCACUUGGCUUAUGGAAAACGGGGAUUUCCACCAUCUAUCCCAGCGGAUGCAGUGCUGCAGUUUGAUGUGGAGCUGAUUGCACUGAUCCGAGCCAACUACUGGCAAAAGCUGGUGAAGGGCAUUCUGCCUCUGGUAGGCAUGGCCAUGGUGCCAGCCCUCCUGGGCCUCAUUGGGUAUCACCUAUACAAAAAGGCCAACAGACCUAAAGUCUCCAAAAAGAAGCUCAAGGAAGAGAAACGAAACAAGAGCAAAAAGAAAUAAUAAAUAAUUUUUUAAAAUUUCUC